AUGAAGAGCACGCCUCUGAUCAUCAAUUGGCAUGACCAGAAUGCCCCCGUAUACUCUGCUCAUUUCGAGCCCCAAGGGAAGGGUCGGCUAGCCACGGCUGGAGGAGACAACAAUGUUAGACUGUGGAAGGUCGAGAGCGAUGGAGAGGAUCGAAAAGUAGAGUACCUGUCGACCCUGACCAAGCACACACAAGCUGUCAACGUCGUCCGGUGGGCCCCCAAAGGUGAGAUUCUUGCCUCCGCCGGCGAUGACGGGAACGUGAUCCUCUGGGUCAUGUCCGAACACAGCGGCCCUAACUUUGGUAACGAGGGUCUCGAGGAUAAGGAGACCUGGCGCACGAAGCACAUGUGCCGGUCGAGCGGAUCCGAAAUAUACGAUCUCGCCUGGUCCCCCGACAGCUCCUACUUCAUCAUUGGAAGUAUGGACAAUAUUGCACGUAUCUACAAUGCCAGCUCUGGUACUCUGGUACGCCAGAUCGCCGAGCACAGCCAUUACGUCCAGGGAGUCGCCUGGGAUCCUCUGAACGAGUACAUCGCGACCCAGUCGUCUGAUCGCUCAGUCCAUAUCUAUUCCUUGAAGACGAAGGACGGCCAGCACACUCUGAGCGGUACUCACGAUGACAAGCCUUCCAAAAUUGCGAGCCACAACAAGAGCGACCUGCCCCCUCGACGCAUAUCCUCGAGCAGCCCUGCGCCCCCAGACUUCAGCAUGAGAACCCAUCUUACGGUCGAGCAGGCGAUUGGUUCUCCGGUUCCGUCUGCCCCAGGAACUCCGACUUCCAUAGCCUUGCCGAUGAAUCCGCCGAGCGUCAUCAGCCAUAGCAGGCGGUCCUCUUUCUCGUCGAGACGCUCACCCUCUCCAGCUCCCUCCAUGCCCCUUCCGGCUGUUAUGCCUAUCGAGCCCUCGCCGAACGCUAAGCCGCACCCUUCGGGCAGUCUUGGUAUGAAGAACUCGAUUCUCUAUGCCAAUGAGACCUUGUCCUCCUUCUUUAGGCGUCUCACAUUCACGCCCGACGGAAGCCUUCUUCUCACACCCGCCGGCCAAUAUCAAACCCAGCAUGCCUCUGAGGGAAGCGCAAAGCCGACUUUUGAGGUUACCAAUACAGUAUACAUCUACACAAGAGGCGGCAUCAACAAAGCACCGAUUGCCCACUUGCCGGGCCACAAGAAGCCCUCCGUCGUGGUCAAGUGCUCACCUAUAUUUUACACCCUGCGGACAUCUCCGCCGGUAACCAAGCACAUCACCAUUGAUACCUCGUCCGCUGAGGACCCAAUUCCGGCUCUGCCCGAACCGGUUGCAAAGCCAACACCAGCUGGAUCGGUCAUGGAACCGCCGCCGCCGCCCACUUCGGUUCCUGAGUCUUCCUCUACACCGACGGGCAAGAGUGAGACAAGUGUUUCUACCCCUGGACCCAAGGCGGCGUUUGCCUUGCCCUACCGUAUGAUUUACGCCGUCGCAACGCAGGACUCUGUACUUUUGUACGAUUCUCAGCAGCAGACUCCUAUUUGUAUCGUCAGUAACCUGCACUGUGCGACAUUCACCGACCUUGCCUGGUCGAGUGAUGGAUUGACUCUCCUGGUCUCCUCCUCUGAUGGCUUCUGCUCAACGCUCUCAUUCGCGCCAGGUGAGCUUGGACAGGUUUACCAAGGUGAUCUGCCCACCGCCAAGAACCCAGCUGUGCCCGGUUCCACACCAGGAGCGACAGCCUCAUCGAGCCAGGGCACUCCGGUUCCUACGCCGUCUUCGGUGUUUGCCCCCCCAUCUCCGUAUCCCAAUGGUUCGGGCCACCACCACCGAAACUCAGCCAGCUCAUUUACCGCUCCAUCGCCACCGCCUGCAGGGUUCGUUAGUCAGCGACCCCAGUCUCCCGCGAGGUCAAACUCAACUUCAUCGGUGGCCACGCAGUCGUCGACUGUGGUGACGAAUCCAUCUCUUAUUGUCGGAAGCGUUCCAGGCAUUGCGGUUGCCAACUCUACCAAGGUCACGGGAGUGCCCAUCACGACGCCGCCUGAGACGCCUCGCACGAAUGCCACCAACCCAGCGAGCAACUCCGCGGCAAGCGGGACGAAGCGCGAAGCCAGCGAAAGCGAGAAGGAGGAGGGCAGCGAGCCUAAGAAGAGACGCAUUGCGCCAACGCUAAUUGAGCAAAAGCCAUAA